AUGUCGAAACAGCUGAGACAGACGUUCGCAGAUGCCAAGAGUGAAGGUCGUCAUGCGCUAGUCACUUUUAUGACGGCAGGUUAUCCUACGGUCGAUGACACUAUCCCAAUUCUGAAAGGUUUUCAAGAUGGUGGUGUCGAUGUCAUUGAAUUGGGUAUGCCAUUCUCUGAUCCAAUUGCAGAUGGUCCUACUAUCCAGGUGUCCAACACUGUUGCAUUGCAAAACGGUGUCACAUUGAAGCAAACUUUAGAUCUAGUGCGUCAAGCCAGAGAAUCAGGUGUCACGGUUCCUAUUAUCCUUAUGGGUUACUACAAUCCAGUUUUGAACUACGGCGAAGAGCAAUUUAUCAAAGACGCCGCUAUUGCUGGCGUUAACGGAUUCAUCAUUGUGGAUUUGCCACCUGAAGAAGCACUCAAGGUCAGAAACUAUGUAAGAGAGUCUGGCCUAAGUUUGAUCCCAUUGGUUGCGCCAUCUACCACUGAUGAACGUUUGGAAUUACUGUCAGAAAUCGCAGAUUCUUUCGUUUAUGUUGUCUCGAGAAUGGGUACUACUGGCGCUCAGACUUCUGUUGCCAGUGAUUUGGGGCAGUUGGUUACCAGAGUACGCAAAUACACCGGAGAUACACCUCUGGCUGUCGGAUUUGGUGUAUCGACUAGAGAGCAUUUCAAAGACGUUGGCUCUCUAUCAGAUGGUGUGGUCAUUGGCUCAAAAAUUGUCACAUUGUGCGGUGAAGCACCAAAGGGUACUGCUUACAACGUAGCUAAGGAAUACGUUGAAGGCAUCUUGGCUGGCCAAAAACAUAAAGUUUUAACGAAGGACGAAUACUACAAGUUGCAGACAACUUCCAUUGAAGAAGCAAAACAGACAGUUGCUCUUUUAAACAGAUUCAAUGAAAUUCACAAGCACCCAAGCAGGUUUGGUGAGUUUGGUGGUCAGUACGUUCCAGAAGCUUUACAUGCCUGUCUGAGAGAGUUGGAGGCUGGUUUCGAUGACGCUGUUGUCGACCCUAAAUUUUGGGAAGAGUUCAGAUCUCUAUAUCCAUACAUUGGCCGUCCCUCGUCUCUUCACAGAGCUGAUAGACUUGCUGAACACUGCGGUGGUGCUCAAAUUUGGUUGAAGAGAGAAGACUUGAAUCACACCGGUUCUCAUAAAAUCAACAAUGCUUUGGCUCAGUUGUUGCUGGCUAAGAGACUGGGUAAGACAGAAAUUAUCGCCGAGACAGGUGCAGGUCAACACGGUGUCGCCACUGCGACAGCGUGCGCUAAAUUCGGGUUGAAGUGUACUGUCUUCAUGGGUGCUGAAGAUGUUCGUCGUCAAGCUCUAAAUGUCUUUAGAAUGAGAAUCCUAGGUGCAAAGGUUGUUGCAGUCACUAACGGUACCAAGACUUUGAGAGACGCUACAUCUGAAGCCUUCCGUUUCUGGGUAACCAACUUAAAGACUACUUACUACGUUGUGGGAUCUGCCAUUGGUCCACAUCCAUAUCCAACUUUGGUUCGUACAUUCCAAAGUGUCAUUGGCCAAGAAACCAAACAGCAAUUUGCUGAACUGAACGAUGGUAAGCUGCCUGACGCAGUGGUCGCAUGUGUCGGUGGUGGUUCUAACUCUACUGGUAUGUUCUCACCAUUUGAGAAGGAUCUAAGUGUUAAAAUGCUCGGUGUUGAAGCAGGAGGUGACGGUAUCGAUACAAAACAUCACUCUGCUACUCUUACCGUCGGUAGACCAGGUGUCUUUCACGGUGUCAAGACAUACGUUCUACAAGACAACGACGGUCAAGUUCACGACACGCAUUCCGUUUCGGCAGGUCUUGAUUACCCAGGUGUUGGUCCAGAAUUAGCUUACUGGAAAUCUACUGGUCGUGCCGAUUUCGUCGCUGCCAGCGACGCCCAGGCCUUGCAAGGCUUCAAACUGCUUUCUCAACUUGAAGGUAUCAUUCCAGCUCUAGAGUCAUCUCACGCCAUCUACGGUGCUUGUGAGUUGGCCAAGAAAAUGAGACCAGAUCAACACAUCAUUAUCAAUGUCUCCGGUAGAGGAGACAAAGAUGUUCAAAGUGUAGCUGAAGUGUUGCCCAAGCUAGGUCCAGUCAUCGGCUGGGACUUGAGAUUCGAGGAAGACCCUUCGGUGGGCCAAUGA